UCUUGAGUCCCAUGUUGGUGUAUAUAGGUUUUCUUUCUCUGGGGCUGGUUUUUCAAGAGAAGACCCCCUUGUCUUUGCCUGAGGAGUGGAGGGUGGUGUGGUGUUUGUCUGCUGCCCUCCUGUGAGGAGCAGCAGAAGUGGGGGGCCUGAAGCUUCCGAGGUUUGCCACUCAGGUUCUCUCUUCACUUUUUUGGGGGGGUCUCCUUUCCCCACCCCUUCCCCCUCUGACCCUGGUGUUCUCAAGUCUAGACUUCUCUUGUUUAAUGUAUCCAGUAGGGGAGGGAAGGGGCUGUGGGUGUGUAGCUGUUGCACUUGCAGCCUUCAGCCAGUCCCCCCACAUCUGAGUUCCCACCUUCCCCUUUCAUGCAAGGUGCCUGCCACCUCCUAGGACCUCCUGAGCCUUCUCAUAUCCUGGGUGAAGGGGGGUUUUCCCCUCUGCAUGUUGUGGCAUCUUUCAGUCUGUAAAAUCUGUUCAUACUUGUGCCCCCUCCUUGCCAAAACUGUCCCUGUUUGGGUUCUUCGCUGUUUUCAUUUUCGGGGGUUGGAAGGAUGAGCUGUACAAGCCCUCAGUCUUUCUGCCAUGUUUAACCAGAAGCCCCCUGUAUUCUAAAUACUGUGUGAGUUGGAUGGAAUUGAAUUAAGGGCCAUCUGUGGGAUGUGUGUGCGUGGAGAUGCGUGCACAGUCCUCUUUAUGUACACGGGUGUGGGAGUAUUUUUGUCCGAGCACCACUCAGCUGUCUUUUCCCCAUGAUCGAGCAUGGCUGUCUUUUGGUGUCAGAACCUCAAGAGCUGCCAUUGGCUGUGGUUGCUACAGAGCAUGGUGAGGCCCAGAGGUAAGGCUGGUUUUGAUGUCUGGUCAUUGGCACAACCUUCUUACACAUAUGGUGGGUGAAGUUCUCUGUCCUUCCCUCCAGAUGCCUUGAGAAAGGGAGCCCAAAGCCCCGGAGGCAGAGAGUUCAGCCAGCUGCAGGAGGUGAUGGCGUCACCACCACUAUCUGCUGAACUCCUCUGUGCCAAGGAGCAUUGCAUCAGGGUGCUGGUGGCACACCUGGGGAUCAUCAUCUCUUCCUUCUAAAGCAGCUGUCUGUCUCCACAUUGUCACUGAGAAAACAGCAGAUCGGGAGCGGUGCCGAGAAAAAUUUCCUUACUAGAUGACAUUUCAUCGCAAUGUCCGAUCGUUUGGGGCAAAUUACCAAGGGCAAGGAUGGGAAAAGCAAGUAUUCGACUCUCAGCCUGUUUGAUAAGUAUAAAGGAAAAUCAGUAGACGCGAUUAGAUCCUCAGUUAUUCCUAGACAUGGCUUACAGAGUCUUGGGAAAGUUGCUGCAGCCCGGCGCAUGCCACCACCUGCAAACCUGCCAAGCUUGAAGUCUGAAAACAAAGGAAACGACCCCAACAUCGUGAUAGUACCCAAGGACGGGACGGGAUGGGCAAACAAGCAGGAUCAGCAAGACCCAAAGAGUUCCAGUGCGACGGCCUCUCAGCCGCCGGAGUCGCUGCCGCAGCCGGGUUUGCAGAAAUCUGUCUCCAAUUUGCAGAAACCGACACAGUCAAUCAGUCAGGAGAAUACAAAUUCAGUGCCAGGUGGACCAAAGUCAUGGGCACAGCUGAAUGGAAAGCCAGUAGGACACGAAGGUGGUUUAAGGGGCUCAAGCCGACUGUUAUCCUUCUCUCCCGAGGAAUUUCCGACGCUGAAAGCAGCUGGAGGGCAGGACAAGGCUGGCAAAGAAAAGGGCGUCUUAGAUCUGUCGUAUGGGCCAGGACCAAGCCUCCGCCCUCAGAAUGUGACAAGCUGGAGGGAGGGCGGUGGGCGACACAUAAUUUCUGCCACGUCUCUGAGCACCUCCCCAACUGAGCUGGGCAGCAGGAACUCGAGUACGGGAGAUGGAGCCCCCUCCUCGGCAUGUACCAGCGAUUCUAAGGACCCCUCUCUCCGCCCGGCUCAGCCUGUCCGAAAAGGGGCUUCACAGUUCAUGGGAAAUGUAUACCACCCACCUACAUACCAUGACAUGCUUCCUGCUUUUAUGUGUUCGCCAAAGUCAUCAGAAAACCAGGGUACAGUGGAACGAGGCUCUUUUCCCCUUCCUCAGCUCCGCCUUGAACCUCGAGUUCCUUUUAGACAGUUCCAGAUGAAUGACCAAGACGGAAAAGAAAACAGGCUGGGAGUGUCUCGCCCACUGCGCCCACUAAGGCAGCUGGUGGAGCGGGCACCACGGCCCACCAUUAUCAAUGCGGAAAACCUGAAGGGCCUUGACGAUCUGGACGCCGAUGCCGAUGACGGCUGGGCAGGCCUCCAUGAAGAAGUGGACUAUUCUGAGAAACUGAAGUUCAGCGAUGAUGAAGAGGAAGAAGAAGUUGUGAAGGACGGCAGGCCAAAGUGGAACAGUUGGGACCCUAGGAGGCAGCGGCAGUUGUCAAUGAGCUCUGCAGACAGUGUGGACGCUAAGCGGACUCAAGAGGAAGGGAAGGACUGGGCUGAAGCAGUGGGUGCGUCCCGUGUCGUCCGAAAGGCGCCAGACCCUCAGCCACCAUCCAGGAAGCUUCAUGGCUGGGCACCAGGCCCUGACUACCAGAAGUCCUCAAUGGGCAGCAUGUUCCGGCAACAGUCCAUUGAGGACAAGGAGGACAAGCCCCCACCGAGGCAGAAGUUCAUUCAGUCAGAGAUGUCCGAGGCGGUGGAGCGAGCCCGAAAGCGCCGGGAAGAAGAGGAGCGCCGAGCCCGGGAAGAGAGGCUGGCCGCCUGUGCUGCCAAACUCAAGCAGCUGGACCAGAAGUGUAAGCAGGCACGAAAGGCAGGUGAGGCCCGGAAGCAGGCAGAGAAGGAAGUGCCCCGGUCUCCAAGUGCUGAGAAGGCAUCUCCCCAGGAAAACGGCCCUGCUGUCCGCAAAGGCUCCCCAGAAUUCCUCCCUGCCCAAGAGACCCCCACCACGUUCCCAGAAGAGGCACCCACAGCGUCCCCAGCAGUGGCACAGAGCAACAGCAGUGAGGAAGAGGCCAGAGAGGCUGGGUCCCCUGCACAUGAGUUCAAGUAUCAGAAGUCCCUUCCUCCCCGAUUCCAGCGCCAGCAGCAGCAACAACAGCAGGAGCAGCUGUACAAGAUGCAGCACUGGCAGCCGGUGUACCCCCCGCCGUCCCACCCCCAACGCACCUUUUACCCACACCACCCCCAGAUGUUGGGCUUCGAUCCCAGGUGGAUGAUGAUGCCUUCCUACAUGGACCCACGCAUCACACCCACUCGGACCCCGGUGGACUUCUACCCCUCCGCCCUGCAUCCCUCAGGACUGAUGAAGCCCAUGAUGCCCCAAGAAUCCCUCAAUGGGACAGGCUGUCGCUCUGAGGAUCAGAACUGUGUGCCCCCACUCCAAGAAAGAAAAGUGACCCCCAUCGACUCACCCCCUGUGUGGAGCCCAGAGGGCUACGUGGCACUGCAGAGCAAGGGCUACCCGCUCCCGCACCCGAAGUCGAGUGACAACUUGGCUAUGGACAUGCGUGUCAGGAAUGAAAGCUCUUUCUCUGCCUCACUCGGAAGGGCAGGGGGCGUAAAUGCCCAGCGCGAUCUCUUUGAGGAGAGAGGGGAGGAGUACUUGAGUGCUUUUGACAAGAAGGCCCAAGCAGACUUUGACAGCUGUAUCUCUUCUCAGAGAAUAGGCCAGGAGCUUUUGUUUCCACCCCAAGAAAAUGUUCAGGAUGCAGGUGCUCCUGGGGGUCACACCCAAAACCUCAGGUGUUCCCCAUUGGAGCCUGACUUUGUCCCAGAUGAGAAAAAGCCAGAGUGUGGCAGUUGGGAUGUUAGCCACCAGCCAGAGACCGCUGACACAGCCCAUGGUGUUGAGCGGGAGACACCCCGGGAGGGGACGGCCUUUAACAUCUCCUCCUGGGACAAGAAUGGGAGCCCCAACAAACAGCCGUCCUCGGAGCCUGAAUGGACUCCCGAGCCCCGGAGCUCCAGCAGCCAGCACCCGGAGCAGACGGGCAGGACCCGGAGGUCGGGACCCAUCAAGAAACCAGUCCUGAAAGCCCUCAAGGUGGAAGACAAGGAGAAGGAGCUCGAGAAGAUUAAGCAAGAGCUAGGGGAGGAGAGCACCCGGCUGGCCAAGGAGAAGGAGCAGAGCCCCACGGCAGAAAAGGACGAGGACGAAGAGAACGAUGCCUCUCUGGCCAACUCCUCUGCCACCACUUUGGAGGACAAAGGCCCUGGCCAUGCCACUUUUGGCCACGAGGCCACCAAAUUUGAAGAGGAGGAGAAACCUGACAAGGCCUGGGAAACCAGACACCCACGAGAGUCCGGCGAUGUUCCCCCCACGAAGAGAAAUAACUGGAUCUUUAUUGAUGAGGAGCAAGCCUUUGGGGUCAGAGGGCAGGCCCGGGGCCGGGGCCGUGGUUUCAGAGAGUUCACUUUUCGUGGUCGGCCUGCUGGCGGAAACGGGAGCAGCCUCUGCGGUGGGGGGAUCCUAGGGGCCCGCAGCAUCUACUGCAGCAGCCAGCGCAGCGGCCGUGGCCGGGGCCUGCGAGAGUUUGCGCGGCCAGAGGACUGCCCCAGAGCCAAGCCCCGACGGAGAGUUGCCAGUGAGACCCAUAGCGAGGGCUCAGAGUAUGAAGAACUUCCCAAGCGCCGCCGGCAGAGGGGCUCCGAGAACGGGAACGAAGGCUCGCUCCUGGAGAGGGAGGAGGGCACCUUGAAGAAGGGCGACUGCAGAGAUUCUUGGCGGUCCAACAAGGUGUGCUCCGAGGACCAUAGCGGUCUAGAUGCCAAGAGCCGAGGCCCUCGGGCCUUUGGGCGAGCCCUCCCUCCCCGGCUGAGCAAUUGCGGGUAUGGACGGAGAACCUUCAUCUCCAAAGAGUCACCCCACUGGCAGAGCAAAAGUCCAGGCAGCUCUUGGCAGGAAUAUGGCCCUUCCGACACAUGCGGAUCCCGGCGAUCUACAGACAGAGACUAUGUCCCGGAUUCCUACAGACACCCUGACGCAUUUGGUGGCCGGGGCUUCGAGGACAGCCGCGCGGAGGACAAGAGAUCCUUCUUCCAAGAUGAACACGUGGCAGAUUCUGAAAAUGCAGAGAACCGGCCCUUCAGGAGAAGGCGCCCCCCACGCCAAGAUAAGCCCCCUCGCUUCCGGCGCCUCCGGCAAGAGCGGGAGUCCCUGGGCCUUUGGGGACCCGAGGAGGAGCCCCACCUGCUGGCAGGUCAGUGGCCAGGCAGGCCCAAACUGUGUUCUGGGGACAAGAGUGGCACUGUGGGCCGUAGGUCCCCUGAGCUCUCCUACCAGAACUCCUCCGAUCACGCCAAUGAGGAGUGGGAGACGGCCUCUGAAAGCAGCGACUUCAGCGAGCGGCGGGAGCGGCAGGAAGGCCCCGGGUCCGAGCCCGACUCCCAGGUGGAUGGUGGCCUGUCGGGGGCUAGUUUGGGUGAGAAGAAGGAGCUGGCCAAGAGGAGCUUCUCCAGUCAGAGACCCCUGGUUGACAGACAGAGCCGAAAGCUGGAGCCGGGAGGGUUUGGGGAGAAGCCCGUUAGGCCAGGUGGUGGUGACACCUCCCUUCGCUAUGACAGCCAACAGAAUGGGACGCCUUUGAAAGUCAAAAGAUCCCCAGACGAGGCCUUGCCUGGAGGUCUUAGUGGCUGCAGCAGUGGGAGUGGCCACUCCCCCUAUGCCCUGGAGCGGGCAGCCCAUGCCAAUGCUGACCUUCCCGAAGCCUCCAGUAAGAAGGCAGAGAAGGAGGCCAAGUUGGCUGCUCCGAGGGCAGGUGAACAGGGAGAGGCCAUGAAACAGUUUGACCUGAACUAUGGAAGUGCCAUCAUCGAAAAUUGCGGGUCCAGCCCCGGGGAGGAGAGUGAGGUGGGUUCUAUGGUGGGCGAAGGCUUCAUCGAAGUCCUGACCAAGAAGCAGCGCCGCCUGCUGGAGGAAGAGAGAAGAAAGAAGGAGCAGGCCGUGCAGGUGCCUGUCAAAGGUCGAGGCCUUUCCUCCCGUAUUCCUCCUCGAUUUGCGAAAAAGCAGAACAACUUAUGUCUGGAGCAAGGCGACGUGACCGUGCCUGGCAGCAGCCUGGGCACUGAGAUCUGGGAGAGCAGCAGCCAGGCUCUCCCUGUGCAGGCCCCAGCCAACGACUCCUGGAGGAAAGCCGUCACUGCCUUCAGCAGCACCGAGACUGGCUCUGCGGAGCAGGGUUUUAAGAGCAGCCAGGGAGACAGUGGCGUUGACUUGAGUGCCGAGUCUCGGGAGUCAUCUGCGACCUCCUCACAGCGCAGCUCCCCGUACGGGACUCUGAAGCCAGAGGAGAUGAGCGGGCCCGGCCUGGCGGAACCCAAGGCCGACAGCCACAAGGAGCAGGCUCCAAAGCCGUCUGAGCAGAAGGAUUCAGAACAAGGCUCUGGACAGAGCAAGGAGCACAGACCAGGACCCAUCGGCAACGAGCGUUCUCUGAAAAACAGAAAGGGCUCGGAGGGGGCCGAGCGGCUGCAAGGGGCUGUUGUCCCACCUGUUAACGGGGUAGAGAUUCACGUGGACUCCGUGCUGCCUGUGCCACCCAUUGAAUUUGGAGUCAGUCCAAAAGACUCCGAUUUCAGCUUGCCACCUGGUUCUGCCUCUGGUCCUGCGGGGAGUCCAGUUGUUAAACUUCAGGAUGCCUUGGCCAGUAAUGCAGGGUUAACACAGAGUAUCCCCAUCCUGCGGCGGGACCAUCACAUCCAGAGGGCCAUCGGUCUCUCCCCAAUGUCCUUCCCCACCGCCGACCUUACUCUGAAGAUGGAGUCUGCGCGCAAGGCUUGGGAAAACUCCCCCAGUUUGCCGGAGCAGAGCUCUCCAGGCGGCGCUGGCUCAGGCAUCCAGCCUCCAUCCUCUGUGGGUGCCUCCAGUGGGGUCAACUACAGCUCCUUCGGUGGAGUGUCCAUGCCACCCAUGCCUGUGGCCUCUGUAGCACCUUCUGCUUCUAUGCCAGGCAGCCACCUCCCGCCCCUGUACCUGGAUGGCCAUGUGUUUGCAAGUCAGCCCCGGCUGGUUCCUCAAACGAUACCUCAGCAGCAGAGUUACCAACAGGCCGCCGCUGCCCAGCAGAUCCCGAUCUCCCUUCACACAUCUCUGCAGGCACAAGCGCAGCUUGGACUGAGGGGUGGGCUUCCUGUGUCCCAGUCCCAGGAGAUCUUCAGCUCCUUACAGCCCUUCAGAUCUCAGGUGUACAUGCACCCCAGCCUGUCACCGCCCAGCACCAUGAUUCUCUCUGGGGGCACAGCCUUGAAGCCUCCGUACUCGGCGUUCCCAGGCAUGCAGCCCUUGGAGAUGGUGAAGCCGCAGUCUGGCUCACCCUACCAGCCCAUGAGCGGGAACCAAGCCCUGGUCUACGAGGGCCAGCUCAGCCAGGCUGCUGGCCUGGGUGCCUCCCAGAUGUUGGACUCCCAGCUCCCACAGCAGCUGACCAUGCCACUGCCUCGGUACGGCUCUGGGCAGCAGCCACUGAUCCUGCCCCAGUCCAUUCAGCUGCCGCCUGGGCAGAGCCUCUCUGUUGGGGCCCCCCGAAGGAUUCCUCCGCCCGGGUCCCAGCCGCCGGUCCUGAACACCAGCAGAGAGCCCUCUCAGAUGGAGAUGAAAGGCUUCCACUUUGCCGACAGUAAACAGAAUGUCCCUUCAGGAGGCCCCGUGCCAUCGCCACAGACCUACAGGCCUAGCUCUGCUAGCCCCAGUGGGAAGCCCUCUGGAUCAGCAGUUAACAUGGGCUCUGUGCAGGGACACUACGUGCAACAGGCAAAACAACGAGUGGAUGAGAAACCCAGCCUGGGAGCCGUGAAGCUGCAGGAGGCCCCCUCAGCUGCCUCCCAGAUGAAGCGAACCGGAGCGAUCAAGCCUCGGGCUGUCAAAGUGGAGGAGAGUAAGGCCUGACGGUGCCUGGCUGCCACCUCGCCUCGCCCCACUGGGGACGGUGCCGCCAUGCGGCCUCGACACAGCCAACACUCGGAAGCCUCACCAGAUCCACCGUCCAAAUGCCUGGCCCGGACUGAGAGACCUCCCUCCUCUCCACUCCCGAAAGCUCCGUUGUCAACCAGCUUGCACCCGUGGAUAUAUGGCAUUGACCCGCUUGCAUUGAUAUGAAACAAAAAAGCAAACGACUCCUUCAUCCCAUCUGCUCCCACCGUGACCGUGGAGUGACGCCUCCCGUGCAGUGCAGAUCCGCCCUCCCUGCCUCCUCCCUGUCCUGCCGUGCAGCCAGGGCGCCUUCUCAGCAGUGCUUCCGGCCCAGCCGCCCAUCCCUAGGCACAGUGGUUUGGCAGCAGGGUCAUUUUACUUUGAGGCUUUUUGUUUUAAAAUGUAGCCAAGGUUUUUACAAAGGGGAAAGGAAAAGAAAACAAAAACGCAAGCUCCAUGUGUAUAGCUGAACUUUUAUAUGUUUCUCGCCAGCCCCUCCGCUCCCGUCCAUCUCUAGCCUCUGUCCUGUUGAGUUUGAUACGUCACUGCAAUACCUUAAGAGAUGACUCUUAAGAAUGCAUCCCCUCCUGAUUCCUCAGCUGGUUCACCUUUGAGGUUAUUUGCAAAAAGAAAAGGAGGUUCUUGAGGGCACCCGUUGCGAGCAUUCUGGUGCCUGGUUCCCCGCCUGGGAAGUGAUGGGGUGCUCAGAGCAGCAGGUAGGCGGCGGGGGCGGGGGGUCACAGUUGGGUUCCCCCUCCUGGCUUGAUGAGCCCAGGGCGCUUACAGGCAGCCCAUGAAGUCGAUGGCGGUUUUAGCAUGAGAAUCACACAGGGUCCCUGUCCUGGGGUCCUCUAAAGCCAGUGGGUGUGCUGGGCACCAGAGACAAAUCACGGAGAUGGCUGCUGGUGGCUCCCAGGUUGGCCCAGAUGGGUGAGCUGACACACCACAGGUCCAUCCCAGGCCCCGUGGGCUCUGCUUCUGGGGCUCCAUACCCUGCCCCGCAGGGGCGCUGUGUUUUUCACACAUUUCUUUCCCUGAAGCUUUCUGUAACCUGUCAUUUUCCUUCCUUCCUCUUCCGGAGCCUGCUGCUUUCUCUGGACCCGUCUCCACCUCCCACACAGCACAUCGUGAACACCACUUGGUGAUGGAGGGAGUGGACCUGUGUGUGGUCCCCAAGUGAGGCCACUGGGAGUUUGUGCUUUUCCUCCUUUGCUUCACUCCCAGCAGCAGACCCAGGUUGUCAGGACAGGAGGGCCUGAGCUAAGCAGUAGGCAUCAGUCUCGUUUGUCUUCAGACGGCGGGGGCAGGUCCAGGGUGAGGCUGGGUGGAGGGCUGACCAAGGUCCAAAGGGCCGCCGCGCAGCCUCCGGGAGGGCAGCUUCUCCAGCCAGAGGCUUGUGUGAGCCAUCGUGUGCUGGGCUUGUUUUUAAAUAAGAAACAAGGAAAUCACUCCAGAUCCUGUCAUUCCAAGGAAAGGGAAGGGGACAGUUCAAGUUUCUCAGCUGUUCUUAGGGGUCACUGAGUGUCUACCUCCUCCUCCAGAGAAGGCUGGCUCAGAACACCGUGAGGAGGGGGCCGGGGAUGCACCCCCCUACCAGAGGCUGCCUUCAGCGUCUCACGGGUACAGGACAGCGCUCAGGCUUGGGCUCUAAGCUCUGUGUCUAGUGUAGAACAUGGGGAGGGAGCAUCUUAGGAACUGCCGAAGUAACUUCUUACUGCUCUCACAAUUCUAAGGAAGCGGGAGAACGGCCUCCUAUGAACAGCGCCCACCCCAGAGCUGCCUGGGAAGGGGCAGUUUUACUGAAAGGUGCUUUACUGUUCACCUGCAUCUUUCAGCAGCUCCCCUCCUACCCUCACCUGGUCUUUUCUCUCUUCAUCCCAAGCCUUUAUGCUUGAGUCCCUUCCCCAGGGGCUGCCCACCCGACAGUUCCAGGCAUUCCCUACCUGAGCUUCUUGUCUGCUUUUCCUUCUCCCACUGCAAGUGGCUGCUUGUGGGGCCUGGGAUGAGCCCUCUCUGUUCCCACCGGCCCUCCUUGCCAAGCCAUUCUUGGGUGAGUCCAGGCCUGCUGGAGCCACACAUUCAUCUCCACCUGGACACUUGAGCCGCAUGGCCAGACCCCCCCAACCUGAUGCAGUGGUGCGUGUGAUUUGUCGAAAGAAAGCCUCCUGGAUGCUGUUAAGAUGUACCCUUCAGGUGAACCUGGCAUCAGACCCACAGUACUUGCUGUUUGAGAAAAAAUAAAAACAAAAAGGUCACCUGUUCUCCAGCCCUUUUCUCUUACCUGGUAUUUCCUUCCUUUCUCCUCCCCAACCCCAAAUAAAAAAACAAAAAACACUAGAAUUUAUAUGUAUUGAUGUUGUAGGUCUAGGUGAAGAAAAAAAAAAAAAGUAAAUGUUUCACUGCUCUAUUUAUAUAUAAUGUCUGAAUUAAUUCUGUGCAGGAAAGGCCAGGAAAUUGCAUGUGAAGUUCGGUGCAGUCACCACCUCUGUGUGCCCUGAGCUGCAGUCUCUUCGCUGAGAUGCAGGUUUUAAAUGAGACUUGCGGGGCUGAGGGCAGGCCUCAGGCCUCCCAGCGCCCCAACCCCUCCUUGGUCUGAUGAAAUGCAGUUCUUAGUGCAGAGACGUUUUAAGGUGCAAUAUAUCUCUUCCUUUCCCGUGGUUUUAGAGCCAAGCUCAAGGUAGUAGGACAUAGGGUCUUAUUUUGUUUUCAAACCCCCAUCCUCAGAGCGCAGGUACAUGCAGAGGCUUCUGCCAGGAUACCACGGGGCCUUAGUGGGAACAAGUGGAGACCAGCACUUCCCUUUCCUGCUGCUGAGGUAGGGAGUGGGGGGUCAGAACCCACUUACUUUUGCCUGUUAAAGUUGCCCUCCCGACGCUGGCAGCUCUGCCUUGGUUAUUGGGGGUGCAGCCCGUUGCUCAGCAACCAGUGGCCUUGCGGUAGUAUUUGUCCACCGUCCACUAGAGUGGGAUGAAGUCCAGAGUGUGGGUGUGCAUCUCAAAUGCUCUUCCACCCACUGGGGACUUCAAUGCCAGCUGCAUUUGGUUUGGUUUUCUUAACUGUUGGCUUCUCCCCACAGCUUUUUUUUUUUUUUUUUUUUUUAAACAUUCAUAUUGUUUUCAAACUUGGAAUUCAUAGACACUCUGGCUCUAGGUUCCUUAAGGGGUAAAACAAAAGAUGACUUUAUUUCACAUUCAAGAAAAUCAGUUCAGUUCCAAAGCUGUGGUCCUUCCAGCCACUUCUAGGGACACUGGGGUAAUUGUUAAACAUUGACAUCAGUGCUCUCCAGCCGUGCUGUCGCCCUCCUAUCUUCUGGAUCUGCCUUCGGGAUGGUCAGUGACGCCUUCUGGAAGCUGAGCACACACAGGUGCACGGCCAUGCUGUGGCCUGGCCUGCUGCGGCAGCAUGGCAGCUCUGGUGGAGCCUUCUCCCUUGCCAUUUGGUUCCUGUCUGCCAAGUAGCUGCAGGCUGCCCCUCAAAUCUUCAUUUGUCCCUUUUCACUUCCUGCAGAGCAAGCCUGGAUUAGAGGGUCUGCUGGAAAUGGCCUUUGAAGACCAAGGAUACCAGGGUGUGUGCGCUCUGUCGUGUUCUGUGAUGAAUGGGAAACGUAGGCUUCCAGAAAGCCAGCUCUCCUCUGAAAUGUGACGGACCUAAGCAGGAAGUCAUCCAGGACAGGAGUGGCUCAGUGUUGGGGAUGGAUGCUGUCGCCCAGCCAUGCUCCACCAGGGUCACCAAUGUAUAUUUGGCUGGUGGUCUUCGGGCAUGUGAGACCUGCUGUGCACUGUCUCCACCCCAGUUGGUGGCCUCCAGGAUGGUAGUGGCACCCCCAGAGCCCCAUCUUCAGCAUGUCCUGAAGCCUCAGAGUGGAAAUUCCUGCUAAGGCUCUGUCUGGAUGCCUUUCUCCCGUGGUCUAAAGGGACACUGUACUCAAGCUUUUGACCUCAUGCCUUGUGUAGUAAAAAAGGAUUUGGGGGUUUUUGUUUGGUUCCUGAGAGGGUUGUGUUUUGUUUUUGUUUCCUUUUGUUUAUGUUUUGGCCUUUCCUCUUUGUCUUUCCAUGUAGACCAGAUAUUUGAAAGGGCAGACGAUGGCUAGAGGUGUAAUGUGCAGCUUGUUUAUAUGUUAUUUCGGCAAACUUACCUUGGAUGGGAAAUGGAAUCAUGGAUUCACCAGGCCGGUGCUGGCACACUCACCCUCGCCCUUUCCCUCCGGUUCAGUACCUAUUGUUUCUCCUUUCAAAUAUGUGAUUGUACUAGCUCUUUCCAUAUGAAAGAAUUCUCCUUAUUUAAAUAAAAAAAGUUUAAAAAGAUAAA